CUUACCUCCGUGGCCUGACUGAACUAACGCUGCGCUCGAUUUGUGUGGAUUCCUAUUGGAAGUUUCACUUAGCAAUGGUAAAUGUGACUGCACUUUUACUCUGAACAGAAUGCUCGCAUUGUUAUUCUUUGAGCUCCCCUUGAGUUUUUUUGUUGAAAGAUUAUAAGUUAUCUAUCAGAGUAACAAGCAUAGGGCAAAUUGUUUAUGCUAAAUCAACCUCGAAUCAAAAUGUUUUUGCCCUAAUUCCAACUGACAUGAGCUCUAACCAUUUUUUUUCAAUCAGGGCCAGACACAAUGAUGAAACCUCAGUCCUAUUAUCCUUGGCACAGUUGCCCACCAUAUGGAGAGCAUGACUGGAUCGAACCACUCGCUGCAACACAUGGGCCAGGCACAGUGAUGAAAUCUCAGUCAUAUUAUCCUUGGCACAGUUUCCCUCCAUAUGGAGACCAUGAUCCUACUGAACUACUCCCUAUAACCCACAUAUGUCAGUAUAAGGAGUCAAUCAAACGGAAAUAUGAACAUAGGAAUGAGAGCAGUUUCUCUAGUGAAAGAGUCUCACUGGCUGCCCUCUACACUGAACCUGUGAUUAUUCAGAAAAAUAAAAAAGGCCGUUUUCAGAAUAUCAAUGUGGAGGAGUUGUUUAAUAAAUCAGACAUGCAUAUGUAUUAUCCAGCAUCUGUCAUUCUUCAAGGAAAUUCUGGUAGUGGAAAAUCUUUCAUCUCUCAAAAGAUUAUAUUGGACUGGGCAUCUGGAAGUCCUUACCUCAGACACUUUAAUCUAGUUUUCUACCUGAGGUGUGAAGAGCUGAAGUGUAUUUCUGCGGAGAUGAACUUGAUUGAGCUCUUGAGCUGGAAUUGUGGUUUAUCGUCAGAUCAGAUCUCAAAGAUGUUACAGAACUCAUCACAGAGAGUGCUCUUCAUCAUUGACGGAUUUGAUGAUCUUAGAUUCAUGCAUUGUGAACUCUGCAUUUCAUCCAAAUUACAGAAAGCCCCACCUGAGGUCAUAGUUUAUUCCAUUCUUAGUAAACGAAUCCUGCCCAGAUGUGUCCGGCUGAUCACUUCUAGAACUGAGGUCCCACAGGGAAUGUUGCUUAAAGGACAUCAGCGUUUCACAGAGAUUAUGGGUUUCUCUGAGAAGGGGGUGAAGGAGUACUUCCAGAAGUUCUUCCAGAAUGAGGAGCUCUUCAGGAAAGCCUAUGAAUGUGUGAGAGUAAAUGAAACUCUCUUCACUGCCUGCUCCAUCCCUGUCAUCUGCUGGAUCAUCUGCACGGUUAUGAGAGAGAGGUUCAGUGAUGGUGCAGAUGUGACGAGUGGACUGGAAACCACCACCUCUAUCUAUCUUGACUUUGUGUCCACUCUACUGGAGCGUAACUGCCAUGGUUUGAGUCAGUCUGUCCCGAGUCUGCUGAGGAGUCUGGGUCAGCUGGCAGAGAGAGGGAUGCUGGAACAACAAGUCUUGUUUGACGAAAAAACUGUUUAUGACACAAUUUCAGACACUGCUGACAAACCAUUCCUGCUCAAGUUCCUCUUAAGGAGAAAAAUCCACCAGGAGACAAUGUUCGGUUUCAUGCAUUUCAGCUUUCAGGAGUUCUUCACUGCUCUCUACUAUGUCCUUCUGGAUGAAGCAGAGUCCAAAGUGAAAGUGAGAGAGCUGCUUCACACUGUAGAGAGAGCAUGGGCUUUGUCCUGUUGGUCUGAUAGAGACUUUUCAAAGGCAGAUGUAGAAGUAAGACAUGCAAAUCUGCUGCAGCCUGUGAUUCUGUUCCUCUGUGGUCUCUGUAAGAAAGAAUGGACCUCCUCAUUCUUUGAAAAGCAUAACAUGACCGUCUCUGUCAACAUAGAAAUCCAGCUUAAGGAAUGGAUCCAUCAGUGUUCACAGAUAUAUCAUAAUGAACACAUGCUGUUCAUUCUCCAUUGUCUCUAUGAGCUCCAUGAGAAGAGCUUCGUUGGGAAAGUUUUGGAACAUUUGGUUUUGAUAGAUCGGUUUAAUAUGCCUCUGAAAAGUAUAGACGGUUGGGUGUUGAAAUAUGGUUUAAAGUGCUGUGAACACAUCAGAACCCUGAAAGUUGAGAGUUCAGAUUCACAAUCAAAACAAGUGAGUAGCAACUAUCCACACAUUAGGCUUGAAAAAAUAAUACUUGUAUAA